AUGCGAAAUCCAGAUUUUGCAAGUGGAAAUAAUGUAAAGCCAUUUAAAAUUGACUGGGAAAACUACUCGCUUACUGCACUUGAAAGUUCGAGAGUAGGACCUGGAGAGAAUGGCAUGUCUUUCAAACUAUCCUCUCUCGAUCAAGAACUAUCCAAUAAAACUAUAAAUGAGAACGGUUUUAGUGUGUAUGUUAGUGGGAAAAUCAAAACAGAUAGAUCUAUUAAAGAUAUCAGCCAUCCACGUUGUAAAGGAAAACUAUAUUCCAGCAACCUUCCUAUUGCUUCAGUGAUUAUCCCUUUUUUUGAAGAGCAUUGGGAGACUCUCCUACGCACAAUCGCAUCCGUUUUGAAUCGAGCUCCUUCAGGACUGAUAAAGGAAAUAAUUUUGGUUGAUGAUGGAAGCUCACGAAAAUAUCUGAAAGAUGAACUUGAUAAUCAUCUCGCGACUGCUUAUCCAAGUGGUAUAGUACGUGUGAUUCACCUGGAACGGAGGGGAGGUCUUAUUCGAGCGAAAACAGCGGGCGCCAGAGAAGCUACUGGAGAAGUACUCAUUUUCCUGGAUUCCCAUUGUGAAGCAGGAAUAAACUGGCUUCCACCACUACUUGAUCCAAUUGCUGCGAAAUACAAAACAGUUGUUUGUCCAUUUAUUGAUGUAAUAAAUGCAGAUACCUUUGAAUAUCUUGCACAAGAUGAAGGGGCUCGAGGAGCAUUUGACUGGGAAUUGUACUAUAAGCGCCUCCCACGCUUACCAGAAGAUAGACAUCAUCCUGAGGAGCCUUUUGACAGUCCAGUGAUGGCAGGAGGUUUGUUUGCUAUCAGUGCGAAAUGGUUCUGGGAACUUGGAGGCUAUGAUCCUGGUCUUGUUAUUUGGGGUGGAGAGCAAUAUGAACUAUCGUUCAAGAUUUGGAUGUGUGAAGGGCGUAUGAUUGAUGCUCCGUGUUCUAGAAUAGGUCAUAUAUAUCGUAAAUACUCAACUAACUUUCCGAAAGCAGAAUUUGGGGACUUUGUUGGUCGUAAUUACAAAUAA